GACGGAUUUAGAUGUAUAAUAAUAAAUGUGUUAUUAUGGGAAUAUUUGACUAAUAUUUAAACGUAAAUGCACGCGACAAAUAGUGUAAAAUCUUCUCAAAAUGGACAUUUUUAAGAGCAAUCUUCUCUGAUUGUGUCGGAUUGGGUCACACGAUGGAAUCAAGGCUUUUAAUUUACUAUUUUAUUCUCGGUGGAUUGGUGGGAUUGACGGGACAAGAUCUACGGCAGUUAAAUGAUGACAGACGACUUAAAAUGCCAGAAUAUCGGGAAAGAACAUUAGAUCGCAAACUGCCAUCUUCGACGAAACGAGAUGACUCACAUUUUGGCUUGUCAAAGAACUUGCUGCCAUUCGAAAUAAACACAAAUGACAUUGCGCUUAUUAAACCAAAAAGUUACGUCGAUGGAAAAAAACGAAAUGUAAUUAAACGGAAUGCAAUGGUGUUUAAGAACCUGGCUGUCAACAAGAAAUGCAAAAUGAAAGUCGAUCAACGUACUGUUAGUACAUUUAUUUAUCGUGUAUGGAGGUUCGAAUCCAGAUACGUGUUCAUGGGACUACGACCGGAGAACGGUUCUGGGAUUAAAAUAAGAAGCAGCCCGGAUGUGAUAAACGGGAAUAUCUGGACCUGGACUUUCUGGGAUAAGAACGAAGCCCAGGAGUUUCUGAGAUGGCCCAUCGAGUUUGGAAUAUGGUCAAUGGGUAUACUGUAUCAUUCCGUUCUACGACAGCCUCAAGUGCUACCGGUGGUUUUAAAACGAGUCAGUGGUGAUUGCUCUCACCUGACGGUUGGAAAUGUAAAAGAUGACCUGGCGAUUAGUAGGGCGCUUAAUGCGAUCACUCUUGGGCUGAUGAGGAAUAAUUCGGAUGGGGAAAAGUACGGACCAAGCUACUAUUGUUACUCAAGAAAACGAAACGUUCCAGCGUACAUGCAAAUAAUAUGUGAGAACAUUGUUUGUCCGUUUGAAGGUAUAGAGAAAGAGUGUUGUGUUUACAGAUUUAACAGAACAAAUAUGAAACGUAAUGUUAUUUGUCCAGAAUUUAAAUACAUUUAUGACACUAUUUCGUGGAAUGUGCCCAUUUUGUUAGCCAUUAUUUUAUUCAUCUACUUUCCAAUGCUUCUGUUGUUUGUUGCGCACAAAUUUUUUGACAGUGUUCGCUCAACCUAUGUUAGACUAAACCGCACAGAACAAGGUUUCACAGAAUCAGACGACAGCUACCAUGAACAAGGACUGAACGGACACAAUCACACUGUCGAGAUCUAUUUACUGGAGGGAUAUAAACAUGUCAGUUUUUUCCAAACACUUUUUAUGCCCCUUGCUUCUCUAAAGAGAGUCACUGUUACGUUACAAAAACGUUUCCUAUUUUUGGUUGUUGGCAGAUUAACAAGAGUGGUUUUUCCCUUCAUAACCCUUAGUAUAAUUGGUAUUCAGGCAUACGUUGAUUACUCAAACUUGAAAAACUUCAUUAAGACGAGCGUGAAAUUGGGUGUACCAUAUGGGCUGCGGUCAAUAAUCACGGGCUACGAAAUGAGUAGAACCAACUUUCUACCCUUUCUUGGUGGUCCCUUUGUAGCCCUGGCUUGCUAUGUUGUAGUCACCACAGUCCUGCUUAUGAUACCAAAGUCUUUACCAGAGUUUCUUGCCAAAGGUCUGGGACCAAAACUAAAUGGCCAAUGCGCUAAUGCCAAUAACACAGAACUUCAUCCAAUGAGUGAAAGUAUAAACACUCUCGAACGUUCUGGAUCACUUAUGUUUACAGAUAAAUCAACCGGAUAUUUGCUUUUGUAUCGUUUUACAGUUUCACAGGUCCUAAUGGUGCUGAAUGUUAGUUUUUGGAAAACAUCCAUUGCUGUUCAACAUGAUCGCUGGAAAAGAAUUUACCAUAGAAGUUGCCACUGGUGCAUUAUAUUUCUUUUUCCCAUGUACUUGGUCAUUUGUAUUGUAGAAUUGGCUUGGAUAUAUGUUAUUCACGGUCUCCCAAUAAUAUCUUUCGGACGUCUUGUUAUAACAAGCUAUUGUUCUGCUUUACCUCUGCCAAAGAAAACACCCAUAUGCCGGAUUUUUGCGUACAUUCUUAAACUAUUUACAUUUACAGCAGUUCUUUUCUUUCUGUACAUGUUGUGCGUGGUUUUUCUAGAAACCAUUUUAUUCCUUACCAGAAUUUGCGUUUUCUCCUACACGGCAAUGAUUCUCGUACCUAAGAUCGCCUAUGGAUUUCUGAUUUUCUAUUUCACUAUUUUCUUCUACCUUUGGGACGCAAUAAACGACUUCUCCCUCUACUACAACCGCCUGUUUCACGACUCCAUAAAGGCCGCAAUGUACGUUCACAGAACACGGCGAUCAAGGGUUGAUGGUUUGUUGUGCAAGGUGAGAGGACGGCGUGGAAUUCGACAAAGCAUUUUUGAAAUAAUCAUAGAAGCGCAUAACCCUCGAAGAAGACAAAUAGUAACUACUUGUCUUAAAGUUGCGGUCAUUCUCUUCCUGAUGUGGGUGGCGAUUGAUUUAUUGACAAAGACGAACAAAUUCAAGGACUUACACACGAUCAUGCACGUAGGCACAGCCAUCAUUGUGUGCGCCAUGCCGCAAAUAUUGAAACGUAUGUGCCAUCAAAGGGAGAGCAAGUUGCUGCGGAGAGAGUUCAGGAAAAAACUUGCUGCCACCAUUCUGUCACAUCUCGGAUAUUUUGUUUACAAUGAAGAAACAUCGGGCGACAGUGAGGAGAGCCGUUCAGAUUAAGAUCAAACCCUGUGUAUUGCUUGGGUCUGCUAAGUUUUCAAUAACCCUACCCUAGUUUUAAAAGGUUUAGUGCAAGUAAUGUUUGGCAUGAUAAUCCCCUGCUAUGCAUCGCCUGCUAAUUGCACUGGUGUCACAGUUCGGGCCAAUUUCCUGUGUAUUCGCUUAUUGGCUCAGAGCCAUUUAGGGUCCAUUUCUAUAAUAAAACUUUCAAAACUGCACAGCAUGAUACCCAAAUCGGAGAUCUGAUAAGAGGGAUCAAGGCAAGUAGAUAAGAUUAAUGCACGAAUCUGUACACAAUUUGGGCGGGGGUGGGGUCACUUAUAGAAGGCUUAAACUAGGCCUUUUAAACUAGAUGGACUCUUACUCCCAAUU